UCUAAUGAUAUUGUGUAAGUGUAUAUAAUACAUACCAGACAUGACAUACCAAUAGAAAAAAAAUCACUGGAUUUACUGUACUAUACAAACAAAAGUUUUAUUUAUACUUGUUUCUGUUCUAUCAGAAAAAUAACAACAAGCGUAUUUUGUUCGUCGGUUACAGAUCACUGUGCAACAGAUCACUCGGAAUUUGAAUAACAAUAUAUAUAUAUUUAUAUAUGUAACGAGCUUUGAAAGCACAUAAUGGAUUUUUCAGAUGUUCAAGGAAAAUUUUGUCCACAGAAAGUAACACUGGAUACUAGCAUAGUCACAGUGACAGGAGAACUGGUUCCUGUUGGGACAGAAAUUUGUGUUUUACUAUGUGAACAACUUGUAGUUUGUGUUGGUGAUGGAGAUUAUGUAAAUGUCAAUGUUGGGUGCAAUACGAAAAUUACAGACAGAUUCGAAAAAAUUUAUUUGAACCCUGGAAAUCAUGAAUUCUUUGCUGACAUUCAUUGCAAUGGGGAAACAUUUAAAACUUUUGACGAGUUGUGCCGUGAACGUCCUCGCUUUUUUUUCUGCAAUAAAGAUCUUUUUGCAGUUGAUGAAAAAGACUGUAUAGUCAGAGUAAAGAGUGGCGAGCAUCUCGAAUUCAAGACGAUACAGGCUAACACCAAUGUCAGGAAAACCACGAAAACAUUAAACAUUAUGCUUUGUAACCGUGAUAACUGUGAAAUUCAGAUACCGUCUGCUAAUGAAUAUACCUACCAAGGCCUUGAAGACCCAAAUCAUUACACACCACGCGAGUUGUUAGAAAACUUUCCUCUUCCAAGGCAAGUCAAAAUAAUUGACGAAAGUCUUUAUAGAUUAGGAUUACCGUACAUAUGUUCUAAGGACCUCGAUUUGCAGUCAGUUACAACAAACAAUUUUCUAUUGUUUACAUCCGAACCCAAAACUGGCCCUCUGUUUUCAGGAUUUGAACUGCGACACCAAAUUAAGUGUUGUGAAUUAGUCGAUCCGACUGCAGUGAAACUAAGAAGACGUAUAGACAACAGUCAGGUUGGCGAGACGUUUUCUACAAUAUUUUUGUUUGAAACAAUAAAUCAAGAUGGCCAUAUGGUAUUUUCUGUGAUUGGUAGACAGUGCUCCACCCCAGUAUCCAGAUUAAAAGAUAUGAACAUAUCUAAAGGAAAGACUGGAGCACAUGAAAUAUCAUCUAGUGGCUCUGGAUUUGCAGAUGCUAAUCUAGAAUCCUGUACGUCAACGCUAACGGUUGAAAAAAGAAGAACAUGCAACAACAACCAACAUAUUUCAGAUUGUAACAACACACUACCAAAGCAAACUAAACGGAUACAUUUGCGUAGAUUAUCUACUCAAGAGGAGUACUUAAAUUCGAUCGAUGAUAGCGAUACCACAUCCGAUCAACCGCCAUUACCAGAACAGAAAUACCUUGAUCCUCCUUUCUCACCAAAAGAUAAUCAGACUAAAUAUGAUACUUUUACAGCAGGUACAGAGCAGGUCAAAGACAAUGAAACCAACAAUAAAGAACCUGAAAAAAGAUCCGAGAUACCAAGUAUAAGUCAGCCAGAGAGUGAUCUUAGAUUAAUUACCAUGAUUCAGCUUGGAAAUCUGCUUCAAAAUGUUAAGCUUCAUAAAUUUGCUGAAAUAUGCUCUGAGGAACAAAUUGAUGGCGAUAUUUUCAUGGACAUGACUCCUGAAAUUCUGAAAGAGGAACCGUUUAGUUUGAAUCGGCUCGAAAUUUUGAAAGUGACAAAAUUACAGGGCGGAUGGAAUCCGAAAUAAAUACAAUGACAUGUUUCAGUAUUUCUUCUUGACAGAGGUUGUGCGAACAAAGGGGGUAUGAAUGAUUUCAGACAGGUAUCAUGUUAUUAAACAACACAUCAAUUUUUCAAUAAUUGUGUGAUCUCUACGUUUAUCCUUAACAUUUGUACUUCUAUCUACAGAAUAUUUAAUUUUAUUUAUUUCCGAAAAUACAAAAGUUACCUAUAUAAUUUUUUCGUAGUCAUAUACAGUACCUAAUGCGCUAGUUGCAUGUAGAAUUUUCCUUUAAAAAAAUCACGAGACUGUACUAUAACCUAACAACUUACCAAAAAUACCAAGUUUAUAACUUUGCACGCCAGACACGAGUUCGUCUACAUAAGACUGACCAGUGGCUCUCGAAUCAAAACAGUUGUAAGUCCAAAUUAAAUACGAAGUUGAAGAGUUAAUUGUAGCUAAAUGCUACUUUUUUUUUUAUUAACGGCAACAUACUUUUACAGCAUUUAAAACAAUUAUUUCAUCAGAUGGUUUAUAAUAAUUCUUCAGCCUAUCUUUCCAACUUAAAUUCCUACAAAUAUUUGCAAUCUCGUCCGUAUGCAACACGUAAUGCAGGAAACAUACUAAUAUACCUGCACGAACGAGUUACGUUGAUGGCGAUUGUAGCAAGGACCCCAUCCUUUUUAUUAUUGCCUUUGUAAUAGAUACCUGGUAAGUCAGCAAAUGAAAAAAAUAUUUUAUUCCUUUCAUAGGCAUCGAUUCUACAUUGCAAUUGAUUUACAAAAAAACAAGUUUGUAGCCUUUUAUGAAGUGUAUCACUGUGUGACAACAUUUCGAUUAGUCUGUUUCCUAUAUGGACUAUUUCUUUAAAUAAAAGUCGAAAUCUGGUAGGAAAAUGAUUAUAUAUUGUUAAAAGAGAAAAUAAGGUAGAAAAGCAGUAAACCACAACAAUUAGUUUGCAUAAAGAUAAGAUAAGUUUUAUUUUCCAAAUAAGGUCCCCAGGGGGGCAUAUACACAUAACAUAUAUAAUUGAUACAACAUACAGUAUUUUACAUAACAUUCAUAUAAUAAACUUCAACUAUUGAAAUAAAGUCAUACAGGUAUUAUAUGUUAAAUAAAAAGUAUUUAAGAGUUGCUACUCCAGAGAUGUGGCAAACUUUUUUUUUCUCACUUGAUAAAAAUAUGAACCGGACGCAAUUGUGUACUUUUAUGUUAACUUUCUGUAGCGAUAAUUUUGUUCAAAAUCUAACUUCCUUAUUUUGUACUCAAUACUGUAGUCUCGUACUUGUACCAUAAUCGGUGAUUUUGUAGCAGAUAGAGUAUUUUAAGUUAUAAAGAACUAGGAAGUCAUCUUAUUGUUUGUCUGAUCAUAUUUAAACUCUGGUAAUUGUCAUUUGAUAAAACUCUGAUAAAGUCAGCUUAUAAUUACAAUAUUACGCUUUGGUUUGCCAGCACACAUUCAUAUAAUUGUAUGUACACUUAUAACAUGCUAAAUAUUUAUGAACUAAAUUGUUUACAUCCACUUUAUUUGAACUUUGGUGGAUAGUUGUCUCAUUGGCAAUCAUAUCUCAUCUCCUUAUUUUUAUAAUAAAUGUCAGAGAUGAAUGAUCUUAUCUGAUCUUGAUCGGUAUUUUUAAAGUCUAUUUAGUACUUCUAUAAACAUUUAAUCUUUCUAAAAAUAAGAAGAUAUGAUUGGCAAUCAGACAACUAUCCACUAGAUUCCAAAUGACGAGAAUGUAAGCAAACAUAGUCUUCAAUAAUGAGCAAUCCACUUACCGUAUAGUCAGCUUUAAAAGGUCAAGACAUGACAUCAUGUGAAACAAUUCAAACUAGAAAGCUUUACAUGUUUUUGUUUAUAAAAUAUUUUAUAUAU